CGCUAUCUUGUCAAUGGCCUUUCUACAAGUGCUUCAUUCAGCUUCACUACAUACUCGGAAGCAUUUCUACUUCUGUCGGUUGUCCUUCUUCCCUAUCAAACCUCUUCGAGCUCCACUCCACACAAUGCCCUUGACACGCUCCUCCGAUCCUCUGGUGUGGAUCGACUGCGAGAUGACCGGUCUAGACCCGGAAACCGAUCAAAUCCUCCAGAUCUGUUGCUACAUCACCGACGCCGACCUGAAGCUCCUUGAGCCGCAAGGAUUUGAAACCGUCAUCCACCAGCCUCCCGCGACGCUGGCGUCUAUGAACCAGUGGUGUAUCGAUACACACGGUCGCACCGGACUGACCGCCGCAGUGCAGGCCUCGACUGUCAGCGCGGAUUCGGCAGCAGCAGCAUUGCUGGAGUACAUUCAACGGUAUGUGCCGCAGCCGCGGACGGGGUUAUUGGCGGGCAACAGUGUGCAUGCAGACAAGGCGUUCCUGGCUAAAGGGCCGUACCGGGCUGUGUUGGACUGGCUACAUUAUCGGAUUGUGGAUGUGAGUGUUGUGAAGGAGAUGGCGCGUCGGUGGGGAUCGGACGAAUUGCUGGCACGGGUACCUGCAAAGAAGGAGGUGCAUCUGGCUCGGGAGGACAUUCUGGAAAGCAUUGCAGAGAUGCGCUUUUACCGGGAACAACUCUUUAGAUAGAUUUCGGUAGCUAGGUUGCUACUAGACAGCUACUAGACAGCUACUAAAUAGCUACUAGCAAAAAGGGGGAGGUCUGUGUGUUGGUACCGGCGGGGAAUGGGCUGAGCUGGCAAUAAUAAUCGCUUCUAUUUAGAGGAGCUUUUUUUAG